AUGGCUACCUCCAGUUUGGAGUCACUCCUCGGGGCGUCACCCAUCGAUGUUCGACGAUUUCUCGAGAGUCAGGGUGCUACUGACAUAGAGGAGAAGGAGUACUCGGACUCUCGACUUGUCAGAAGAAAGACUGGCUUAAGGGCCAUAAAGACACCUGUUGUAAAUGACUAA